AUAUUUUAAAGGUCCUAUUUUAUAGGUUUAUCAGUAUUUGGGUGAGGACUGCGGUUGUAUUAUCUAUAGAUGAGAAAAAUACUAUUAUUACUGUAGUUUGAAAAUAAUAAACAUUUUUAAUAAAAGACACAUUUCAGUUUGCUAAUCUUUCCAGAGGAGAAAUAAAUACUAUUACAUAGUUUUCAGACUAUUUUAUUUGGAGAAUAGUCAAGAGGACAGAAUAAGAGAUACAAAAGCGAAAUAUGGAUAUCUUACAGUUUGCUUAAUUUAUCAGUGGUCAUAUUUACAUUUUUGGUUCGCAUUCUGGAUUUUUUUAAAUUUCAGUUCAUAUUUAAUGUUGACAUAGUUAACUGAAUAUAGAAACCUAAGGAGUUGUUUUAAUAAAAGUGCAGAAGUAAUCAUUUUCAAUCACAUCAAGUUAAAUGAACCACAAAAAUCAUGAAAUUAAAAACAAAUCAAUUAUCAUUUGGUGGUUCCAUUUAGUUUAUUACAGUUAAUGAUCUUCCAUUGAAUUUGCAGCUCUCUGAGUUUGUUUUGAAGUAGGUCAUCACAUGCUGAGAUAAAACACCAAGUCAUUUAAAUUAGAUACUGAGCAUGCUCAUAUGAAGAAUUUAUCUUAAGAGGAGAUUGCAGUGUGUUUCAGUUUUCUUUAGUGGGAAAAGCAGGAAAGAGAUCAUGAUGUGCCCUUUUGUCAUUAUUCUGUUAGAAAGCAUGUGAUUGGUCUUUGGAAACCAGAAGCUUGAGAUAGAGAGAAUACAGGUUUUCAGCAAAAGGCCAUUUGCCAUAAUGAAAGGAAAGUGACCUGCAAACAUCCAGUCACAGGACAGCCAUCACAGGACAAUUGUAUUUUUGUAGUGAAUGAACAGACUGUUGCAACCAUGACGUCUGAAGAAAAGAAAGAACGGCCUAUAAGUAUGAUAAAUGAAGCUUCUAACUAUAACAUGAGUUCAGAUUAUGCAGUACAUCCAAUGAGCCCUAUUGGCAGAACAUCACGGGCUUCAAAGAAAGUUCAUAAUUUUGGAAAGAGGUCAAAUUCAAUUAAAAGAAAUCCUAACGCACCUGUGGUCAGACGAGGUUGGCUUUAUAAACAGGACAGUACUGGCAUGAAGCUGUGGAAGAAACGCUGGUUUGUGCUUUCUGACCUUUGCCUGUUUUAUUACAGAGAUGAGAAAGAAGAGGGUAUCCUGGGAAGCAUACUAUUACCUAGUUUUCAGAUAGCUAUGCUAACCUCUGAGGAUCACAUUAAUCGCAAAUAUGCUUUUAAGGCAGCCCAUCCAAACAUGCGGACAUAUUAUUUCUGCACUGAUACAGGAAAGGAAAUGGAGUUGUGGAUGAAAGCCAUGUUAGAUGCUGCCCUUGUACAGACAGAACCUGUGAAAAGAAUUACCUUUAAUUUCCGAGUGGACAAGAUUACAUCCGAAAGUAUACCAACUAAAGAAACCAAUAACAUUCCCAACCAUAGAGUGCUAAUUAAACCAGAGGCCCAAAACAACCAAAAAAACAAGGAAAUAGGCAAAAUUGAAGAAAAAAGGGCAUUAGAAGCUGAAAAAUACGGAUUUCAGAAGGAUGGUCAAGAUAGACCUUUGACAAAAAUUAAUAGUGUAAAGUUGAAUUCUUUGCCAUCUGAAUAUGAUAGUGGGUCAUCAUGCCUAGCCCAGACUGCACACUACAGACAAGUCAAUGUGAAUAGUUCAGAGAACAAAAUAGUCAAUGUCAGCCUAGCAGAUCUUAGAGGAGGAAAUUACCCAAAUACAGGGCCUUUGCACACAGAAGCUGAUCGAGUCAUACAAAGAACAAAUUCAAUGCAACAGUUGGAACAAUGGAUUAAAAUCCAGAAAGGGAGGGGACAUGAAGAAGAAACCAGAGGAGUAAUUUCUUACCAAACUUUACCAAGAAAUAUGCCAAGCCACAGAGCCCAGAUUAUGGCCCGCUACCCUGAGGGUUAUAGAACACUCCCAAGAAACAGCAAGACCAGGCCUGAAAGUAUCUGCAGUGUGACCCCUUCCAGUCAUGACAAGACAGUAGGAGCUGGAGCAGAAGAGAAACGGAGGUCGAUGAGAGAUGACACUAUGUGGCAGCUCUACGAAUGGCAACAGCGUCAGUUCUAUAAUAAGCAGAGCACCCUUCCUCGACACAGUUCUUUGAGCAGUCCUAAAACCAUGGUUAAUAUUUCUGACCAAACAAUGCACUCUAUUCCCACAUCACCUUCCCAUGGUUCAAUAGCUGCUUACCAGGGUUACUCCCCUCAGAGAACAUAUAGAUCAGAAGUAUCUUCACCAAUUCAGAGAGGAGAUGUGACAAUAGACCGUAGACACAGGGGUCAUCACCCUAAGCAUGUCUAUGUGCCUGACAGAAGGUCAAUGCCAGCUGGCCUAACUUUACAGUCUGUUAGUCCCCAGAGCCUCCAAGGCAAAACGCCAGAGGAGCUUACGCUGCUGCUAAUAAAGCUGAGACGGCAGCAAGCUGAACUGAGUAGUAUCCGGGAGCAUACGUUAGCACAGCUCAUGCAGCUAAAACUUGAGGCCCACAGCCCAAAGAAUGAAAUUCUUUCCCAUCAUCUUCAAAGGAACACCAUAUAUUUGGAUCAUCAGAUGAAAGAAAAUGAACCUAUUAUCACCAUGGUUCACACAAUGAUUGAGAACUCGGCGCUAAGACCACAACUGUACCAGCAAUUCUUAAGACAGAAGAACAAGAUAAGUCUAUAUUGUCUAUCACAAGAUGAAUGUAGAGGCACAUUAUAUAAAUACAGACCUGAAGAAAUAGAUAUUGAUGCCAAGUUAAGCCGAUUAUGUGAACAAGAUAAAGUGGUACAUGCACUGGAAGAGAAACUUCAGCAACUCCACAAGGAGAAAUACACGCUUGAGCAAGCUUUGCUGUCAGCCAGCCAAGAGAUAGAAAUGAACGCAGAUAACCCAGCAGCCAUUCAGACAGUGGUAUUACAGAGGGAUGAUUUGCAAAAUGGACUGCUUAGUACAUGUCGAGAACUCUCUCGAGCCACUGCUGAACUGGAACGAGCAUGGAGAGAAUAUGAUAAGUUGGAAUAUGAUGUAACUAUUACCAGGAACCAGAUGCAAGAGCAGCUAGAUCGCCUUGGUGAAGUUCAGACUGAAUCAGCAGGAAUUCAACGUGCACAGAUUCAGAAAGAACUUUGGAGAAUCCAAGAUGUCAUGGAAGGGCUAAGUAAACACAAACAGCAAAGAGGCACUCCAGAAACAGGUAUGGCAGGAUCAAAACCUUUCUCUACAGUUAAGUACAAAAGUGAGGAAGAGGAAGUAGUCCCACCUCGUCCUCCACUUCCUCGGUCCUAUGACUUUACAGAGCAGCCUCCCAUAAUCCCCCCUCUGCCCAGUGAUAGCAGCUCCUUGCUCUGUUAUAGCAGGGGCCCAGUGCAUCUUCCUGAAGAAAAGAAGAUUCAUCAAGUUCAAGGAUAUCCAAGAAAUGGAUCUCACUGUGGUCCAGACUAUAGACUCUACAAGAGUGAACCAGAGUUAACAACAGUGGCAGAGGUUGAUGAAUCUAAUGGAGAAGAAAAAUCAGAACCUGUUUCAGAGAUGGAAACUCCAGUUAUUAAAGGUUCCCACUUUCCUGUUGGAAUAGUUCCUCCAAGAACAAAAUCACCAACACCCGAAUCUUCGACAAUAGCUUCAUAUGUAACCUUGAGGAAAACUAAGAAGAUGAUGGAUCUAAGAACGGAAAGACCAAGAAGUGCAGUGGAACAGCUCUGUUUGGCAGAAAGUACUCGACCUAGGAUGACUGUGGAAGAACAAAUGGAAAGAAUAAGAAGACAUCAGCAAGCAUGCCUAAGGGAAAAGAAGAAAGGAUUAAAUGUUAUUGGUGCUUUAGACCAGUCACCCCUACAAAGUCCUUCUAAUUUAAGGGAUAAUCCAUUCAGGGUUACUCAGAUUCGAAGGAAGGAUGAUAAUGUUAAGGAAUUGGAUGCUGUUCAUAGACAAAAUGAUAUAAAGACCAACCAUGAAACUCCUGCAACAGAAAGUGUUCAACUGAAAGAAGAUGAUCCUCAAAAUAUGGAUAUCAGCAAAGAGUUUAAAAGAACUGAAAAUGUUUUUUAUGAAAUACUUUUCACACCUGAGCCAAAUGGAAUAAAUUCUGAGGAAGCAAUGGAUAAAGAGAGGAACAAAGAAAAAAUAUCUGAGGAUAUUACAUACAGCUCUCAAGAUGAGACACAGAUCACAAAUCAUAAGCCAGAAGCCCAUACUGAAGAAGAUACAAAGAACAAUAUUCAUGAGCAGGAAGAAACUGUUAUUUCAUAUGAACCAACUCCGGAGCUUUCUAGAGAAAAUGAAACAAUGGCAGUGAAAAGUCUGUCCCCGUCUCCUGAGUCCUCAGCAUCGCCAGUUCCAUCCACUCAGCCGCAGCUCACAGAAGGAUCACAUUUCAUGUGUGUGUAGUCUCAGAACUAUACUGACUUCUGUUGAAACCAGUCACAGCUAAAGACGUGGACCUUUGGCAAUGUAAGAAGAUAUUGUACAGUAUAUUUUAAAUCUAUGAAAUUCAUAGUUUUUGAUGCUUUCAACCACAGAGCAUCAUUUUACCACUUCUGGAAAAUGUUAUUCCAAAACAGCUUUAAUGGCCCAUAUGUACACUCCAUAAUCUCAAGGUUAUCAUUCUGACACCAGCUUGCUGCUAUGAUUUCAGAGCACAUAAGUAAAGGUGCUUUUUAAUGUGCAGUCUAUAGAAAGAGCUUACUUAGUUGCUGAUUUUCAGAUUUUGAUGUUUCUUAAGUCUAAGUGAAUUUAUAUUUCUUUUUGCUUUUCAGUACAUAAAGUUACUUAUUAUUUCAAGUGAGACUUGCUUUUCUUUCUUUUUCCUUUCUUUUUUUCCCUUUCUUUCUGAUUUUGGAUACUGCAGUGCUUUGUUUCACACUUGAUUUGUAAAAAUUUUAUAUAUAUAUAUAUAUAUAUAUAUAUAUAUAUAUAAAUAUUUAAAAUAUGCCAUUUUAUUAUUGCUAAGUGAAGUAUGUCCUGUUUUCUGCUAUAAUUCUUUCUCAGUCAGAUUGCAAUGUCAGCAGUUACUGCCACACUCUUGUCAGCUUAAACACAAAUGUUAUCGCUUACCUUUUCUUAAAAAAAAAAUUAAAAGUGUAGGUAUUUUGAAGUACUGGACUUAUACUUCAUUGGAAUAGAUGUGUAUAGCAAUAAGCAGGUUUCCAAAUCCAGUACUUAGUUUGUGUACAAAUGUAAUUAUGUUCAUUGUGUAUAUAUUAUGCAAUGAGCACUUGUAAUGUAUUAAAGGCUACUUCCUAUUGUUUAAAUGCAAAUGUUCAUAUCUCAUUUCUUUUUUAUCAUGUUAAAUAAAUGUUGAUGUUCUUAA